GUUCAGCCGUGCCCACACUUUGUUCCCUUCUGGGCCAGACCUGCUGACUCAUCAACACCACUCUUUUUUUGCCGCGCUUCGUCAGUGUCUCCCCGACAAGCACGCAAUUGGCCCCCAGAGCUAUUAAGACCAUUAUCCACGACUGGUGACAGUGGUUUAUAUUUCUGUCCGUUUUUGGCACCCACGGACCCUACGUGGUAUCAGUGUGCGCCAUGGUACCCGUUGAAGUGGAAUCUCAGGAAAUCGCUCGUGCAACUUUGCACGUAGCCCUUCCGUGGUACACGCACGUUUACACACUUCCGUUUCUCUCCCUCUAUCCGCUGCUUGCCUAUGCAUACUAUGUCAGGUACGACGACUGGAUCAAGAGUGAGGAAUGGACUUUUUUGUUUUGCGUACUGUUGGGUGCUGGUCAUGCACUCAGUUUUUUGGUCACUCGAUGGAGUGCUGCUGCGAAGACAUGGAUAACCACACGGCCGGCUAGUUCUGUAGAGGAGGCUGACUGCAUUCGUCUCAUUCCUCUCCCACACCGCGGUCAAGGCGAAAUCGUCCCGUUGGUAAAGCGGAUCAAAACUAAAUUAAUGACAUACUCCUUCAACUAUCAGCGAGACACAUACGUUGCAUCCAAAAUCUCUCCGAUUACAUUUAUGCGCUUACCCUAUCCCUCAACUCAUCGUCCCCCAUUGUCUGAUUUCCUCGCGCCUUCUGGUCUCGCGACCCACCAGGUUCCUGCACUAAAAUCACUAUAUGGAAAGAACGAGUUUAAUAUCCCCAUACCCUCGUUCUCUGAAUUAUUCGGUGAACAUGCCACAGCUCCCUUCUUCGUAUUCCAGGUAUUCUGUGUUGCGCUGUGGUGUCUCGACGAAUAUUGGUAUUACAGUCUGUUCACAUUGUUCAUGCUUGUCAUGUUCGAGUGCACAGUCGUCUGGCAGCGGGUGAAAACGCUGACAGAGUUCAGGACGAUGUCUGUCGCACCGUAUCCCAUCCAGUGCCUCCGAGAUUCCAAAUGGAUUACGCUCCAGACGGACGAACUUUUACCAGGUGACAUCGUGUCGGUCGCUCGUCUACAGUCGGAAACGGUGGUGCCAGCAGACAUUCUUCUCGUUCACGGUACAUGCAUUGUUAACGAGGCGAUGCUUUCCGGAGAGUCAACACCUCUGCUCAAGGAAUCGAUACAGCUAUUAGACAAUUCAGAGAAACUUGACGUAGACGGUGCACACAAGAAUGCAGUAUUGUUCAGUGGCACCAAGGUACUUCAGGCGAGCCCCACAAGUCAGGGUCAAGUAUCUGCUGGCACUCCUGACGGCGGAUGUCUCGGUGUAGUCUUACGUACUGGUUUUGGUACAGCCCAGGGUCAACUGGUUCGAACGAUGAUAUUCUCCACCGAGCGUGUUUCUGCAAACAACCUAGAGUCUUUCCUUUUCAUCGGUUUUCUUCUGAUCUUCGCUAUUGCCGCCAGCUGGUAUGUGUGGGUCAAAGGUAUUGAGAGGAAUUUGAAGAAGUCCAAGCUCCUUCUCGACUGUGUUCUUAUCAUCACGAGUGUCGUACCUCCCGAACUCCCAAUGGAGCUUUCAUUGGCAGUCAAUGCAUCCCUUGUUGCCCUGUCCAAAUUCGCUAUAUUCUGCACUGAACCCUUUCGCAUUCCGAUUGCUGGACGGGUUGACGUUUGCUGCUUCGAUAAAACAGGUACGAUUACUGCGGAAAACCUGGUUCUAGAAGGAAUUGUGGGCGUCGACGAAACUGAUAAGCUCAAGUUGGUUGAUGUCAAGGAAUCUGGAAAGCAGACGACAUUGUGCUUGGCAGCUGCGCAUGCCCUGGUACGCCUUGAUGAUGGUACUAUCGUCGGAGAUCCCAUGGAGAAGACGACCCUGGAGGCUCUCGACUGGAAAAUUUCCCAAGGCGAUUCCGUGGCUCCCUCGUCCAACAAGGCCCCUGUGGCGUCUAAGCUGUACAUUCGUCGUCGCUUCCAGUUCUCCUCCGCACUCAAGCGGAUGUCGACUGUAUCUACUCUCCCGAGUAGUAAGACACUGGUUUCAGUGAAAGGUGCUCCUGAGACUAUCAAGGCGAUGCUUGCUGAAGUGCCUGAAUGGUAUGAUGAGACGUAUAAGUGGUAUAGCAGACGCGGAAGCCGCGUUCUUGCACUUGGUACGAAGGAAAUUGAACCGAUGUCCAUCGACAGAAUUAACAAGUUGGCGAGAGAAGAUGUGGAGAGCAAAUUAACAUUUGCUGGGUUCCUGGUUUUCCACUGCCCUCUCAAACCGGAUGCUGUGCAGACUCUCAAGAUGUUGGCUGACUCUUCACAUCGCUGCAUCAUGAUAACUGGAGAUAAUCCCCUCACUGCUGCGCAUGUUGCGCGCGACGUCGAGAUUGUUGAUCGAGAUGUCUUGAUAUUAGAUCUCAAGGAGAACCCUGCCAACGAAAGAGAUAUCGUCUGGCGUACUGUGGACGAGAGCAAGAUCAUUCCUGUUGACCCCUCUCAGCCUGUAGAUACGUCCCUUUUCGACCAGUAUGAUAUCUGUAUCACUGGUGCUGCUAUGAAGCAGUUCCAGGGUACGGAUAGCUGGAACGAUCUCGUUCAGAACACCUGGGUCUACGCUCGCGUGUCUCCCGCCCAGAAAGAGUACAUCCUUACAAGUUUGAAGGGUCUUGGUUACAACACUCUCAUGGCUGGCGACGGUACCAACGACGUCGGUGCACUCAAACAGGCGCAUAUAGGUGUCGCUCUCUUGGACGGGACGCCCGAAGAUUUGCAAAAGAUCGCUGAGCACCAGAAGAUUGAGCGGAUCAAAAAGGUGUACGAGACGCAACUCAGAUUGUCUACUCGCUUUGGAAGCCCUCCGCCUCCGGUCCCUCCUGCCAUCGCGCACUUGUAUCCCGAUGUCGUAGAGGCUCACAAGAAAGCUGCUGCUGACCUACAGGCUGCACGGAAGAAGAAUCCGAUGGAGAAGUUUGACAUGGGUUCCAUUACGGAUGCUUUGGCGAACAUGGAAGGUGACGAGGAUGUACCUCAGAUCAAACUUGGUGAUGCAUCGUGUGCGGCGCCAUUUACGUCGAAGCUCUCUCAUGUUUCUGCAAUCACUCAUAUCAUCAGGCAAGGACGGUGCACACUCGUGGCAACGAUUCAGAUGUACAAGAUCUUAGCGCUGAAUUGCUUGAUCACUGCAUACAGUCUAAGCGUGCAGUACCUCGAUGGUAUCAAAUUUGGCGAUUACCAGGUUACUGUCAGUGGCAUGUUGAUGUCCGUUUGUUUCCUUUGCAUCUCCCGGGCUCAGCCGGUCGAGAAGUUAUCUCGGGAACGCCCACUUGGGAAUAUCUUCAACCUUUACGUCCUCUUGUCGGUAUUGAUCCAGUUUGCUCUGCAUAUCGUGUCCAUGGUGUACAUUACCAACCUUGCGCACUUUUACGAACCUCCUGGUGUCAUCGACUUGGACGCCAAAUUUGAGCCCAGUUUGCUCAACACGGCUAUCUAUCUUUUGGGACUUUCACAACAAGUAUCGACGUUUGCCAUCAACUUCCAGGGUCGUCCAUUCCGUGAAGGAAUCCGUGAAAACUCUAAACUCUACUGGGGUCUUGUUGGAGCAAGCACGGUCGCAUUCUCCGGCUCGACGGAUUUCUUCCCUGAAUUGAACCGAUGGCUCCAGAUAGUUGAAAUGGACAGCCUGUUUAGAAUCAAAUUGACGAGCGUUAUGAUCGCCGACUUUGUCGGCUGUUGGGUGGUAGAGAAGUUGUGCAAGUACCUGUUUGCAGAUCUUGAGCCUAAGGCGCUGAUCACUCGCGGGCGCGAGAGGAGGGAAGCUAGACGGGCGGAGGAAGCUAGAGUGGCGGCUGAGGCUGCCGUAGAGAAGAAAGAACAGUAAACUAGUAACGCAUUUUAUAACCUCAUGAGACAGUUUUUUAUAUAUCGAUGGUACUCGUUUUAUGUUCGUGGGCAGGCCUUGAAAUCUAUAGAGCCGUGUUCGGUCCACCUGGACUGAUGGAAGG